ACAUUUCUUCCCCCCCCCCCUCCGGCUCCCUCUUUCCCUCCCUCCCGCCGCGCCGAGGAAGAAGAGGCGGCGGCGGCGGUAGAAGCGGUAGCGCCGGCAGGGGAGGAGACCUGGCCCCUCAUGCUCGAGCUGGCCCUUUCCCCGGGGCCUGAGGCCGGGAGGAGCCGUGGUGGCGGAGGCCCUGUGAAUUUGGUGUUGAAACGCAGACAGAAUGACAAUUUUGAACACGCAAGUCUUCUGUCCACAGAACAGGUACAGCAGUGACAGCAGUAGCUGAAGGGUUGCUUUCGUGCUGAAGCCCAAGGCUAGUUUGAAGUGUCCACUAGCCUAUGUGCUCCAUGCUUUGAGACUAGGAAAGAGACUUAAAACUCUGAAAUGAAGAUGGAGGCAGCAGACAAAGCAGAAGAACUCAUCGAUCCAGAAGUCCCACCAAAACUCUCAGAAAAACAAGAGGCAGCUCUGGGUGAAGAAGGAUCUAUAGAACUAGAAAUGCAUGCUCAGAAAGAGUGCGGAGCUGUUGUAGAGGAUUCGACAGUGCUUGCCUCAAUGCCAUGCUUGCUGAUGGAACUGAGACGGGACUCAUCAGAAUCUCAGCUAGCAUCAACAGAAAGCGACAAGCCAGCAGCUGGUCGUGUUUAUGAGAGUGACUCUUCCAACCAUUGCAUGCUGUCCCCUUCUUCUAGUGGACACUUGGCUGAUUCAGACACUCUGUCUUCUGCAGAAGAGAAUGAGCCCAGCCAAGCUGAAGCAACUGUAGAAGGAGACCCUUCUGCAGUUUCAGGGUCUACUGUUGGGAGGAAAUCCAGGCGGUCCAGGUCGGAAAGUGAAACCUCAACAAUGGCUGCAAAGAAAAACCGGCAGUCUAGUGAUAAGCAGAAUGGUCGUGUCGCCAAGGUCAAAGGUCAUCGGAGCCAAAAGCACAAAGAGAGAAUUCGGUUAUUGAGGCAGAAACGGGAGGCGGCUGCCCGCAAGAAAUAUAACCUGCUGCAGGACAGCAGUACCAGUGAUAGUGACCUAACCUGUGACUCGAGCACGAGUUCAUCAGAUGAUGAUGAAGAAGUUUCAGGGAGCAGCAAGACAAUCACUGCAGAGAUACCAGGUGGACCUCCAGUUGUGGCUCAUUACGAUAUCUCAGACACAAACUCCGACCCGGAAGUGGUGAAUGUGGACAAUCUAUUGGCAGCUGCAGUAGUUCAAGAGCACAACAGUUCUGUCAUUAACCAAGACACUGGGCCUACUUGGAGGACAAGAGGGCUGCUAGAAGAGCUGAAUGCCGGAACAGACCACUUGGAUGUUGGAUUCCUGGCAAGUGACAAAACCUCCACCAGCAUCACCCAGGUCAAUGAAGAAAUCAAUAUUGCCUCAUCGGAUAGUGAAGUGGAGAUUGUGGGAGUUCAGGAACAUGCAAGGAAGGAUGCGUGUCAAACAGCAGGGGGGAAAAGAAUUCCAGUCAUAGGGAGACAUGGAGUGAAAGCAGAGAAAGCCAAUGAGGUGACAAAAGGAAAAGCAAGCAGUGAAAAUGAAGAACCGUGUGAACAAAGGUGUGUCCAUCCUCGGGGAGGAGUGAUUCAAAGUGUGUCUUCCCGGAAACAUGGCUCAGGUCUGCAGUGCACCCGGCAAUCAGAACCAUGGACAGGCGUGGCGCCCCCACAGAGUUGGUCUUCGCCGCCCGAAGUAGUGGAUCUCACGCUAGACGAGGACAGCAGGCGCAAAUACUUACUGUAAUGCAGUUUCACUGUGUUUUUAGUCACUUAGCCCUCUCCCUUUUGUGGCACAGAAGCUCCUGGAUAUCGCCUUGGUGUCCAAAGCGUCUGAUCCUGGCAUUCUGGAAUUCAGACUCCUCGGGGAGAAUUUCCUCCCCACGCCCCCACCCCAGAAUUGCAGUGUCAUUUCAGAAAUUUCCUGAACCCCUCCUUAGUCAAAGGAAAGCUUCCCUGUUAUGGAAAACGUAGCAGCACUGGACUUCAACGACAACUUCCAAGUUUUUAAUUGUGUGUGAUUAAUUUAGAGCAUUUGUUGACGGAAGCAGUGACACCUUCCCACUCACACCCGUUAGACCGUACGGUUUCUUUAUUUCACCACUAAAACGGAUGUCGCUGGUACAUGUGAGGUUUUAUUUUCUUUCUCCCUUGCAGUGUAAGCAUUAAAAAAAACCCACCGCUGGCCUGAUUGGUUCAUGGCUCUUGAGUGUCCCCAUCAUGAUUGUAGUGUAACUGUCGGGAGCUUAGAAGUGUUGAGUUGUGACCAGGGGUGUCCAUAAAGCAAGUCGGUUUGGUUACGAAACCAGCAGCCCUUGCUCACAAAAGGCCUAUAAUGUGCACUGAGCAGCUUUUAUUUAAAAUUCAGAAGAUUAUUUCUCCACAUCCUUUGUAGCUCACACACUGCUCAGUGCUGAGUCUUCUAAUAACACAUUUUAUUUUAUUUUUCUAGACUACUGUACUGUUACUGGUGAUUUGGCCCAACUUGUUACAGCCUUUUUUAUUU